AUGAAAAAAGUAAAGAACGCUGCUUCAAGCAUUAGCCUCAACUCGCCCAUUCCAACCAGCUUGGCAGGUGAAUGUAAAAAAGCAGCUCGCAUUCUCAACAGCUUUAUCGAUCCCGGUCAAAAGCUGGUGGAUAAGGUCAUUCCACCCACUAUCUUGGAUAACGCACAAGGCUUGGCAAUCUUUACAGUACUCAAGGCUGGUUUCUUGUUCACCGGUCGUGCAGGUAGUGGAUUAGUUGUUGCAAGGUUGCCUGAUAAGAGCUGGUCUGCCCCAUCUGCUAUUGCCACUGGAGGCGUGGGGGCUGGCGGACAGAUUGGUGCUGAAUUGACCGAUUUCGUACUCGUGCUGAAUACCAAGGAAGCUGUCAAGACAUUCAGCCAAUUUGGCAACAUUACGCUUGGUGGUAAUAUCUCUGUGGCUGCUGGUCCUAUGGGUCGUAAUGCAGAGGCAUCUGGAACGGCUAGCUUGAAACACAUUGCUGCUGUAUACUCUUACAGUAAAACCAAGGGUCUCUUUGCAGGUGUAUCUCUUGAAGGCUCUGUCAUCCUCACACGUAAUGAUGCCAAUGAAAAGCUUUAUGGUCAACGAGUUACUGCCAAGGAAUUAUUGAAUGGAUCGGUCGCCCCUCCACCCGAAGCAGACAUGUUGUAUCGUGCAUUGAAUGCAAAGUUCCAUACGCUUGGCAAUACGGGUGCUAUGUAUGCACGUAACAGUGCUGAAGGGUCACCACGUGCUUACAAUUUCAAGAGCUCCAAUAUCUCGGCUCCUGGCACUAUCAGACAACCACCUCCGCUAAGAAAUCCACCAUCCGCUCCAGCACCAACUUCCUCUUACAACAAUCAACCACCACCUCCUUACACAGCACCUCCUCCAUCAUCUGCCAAUAACAAUUAUUAUGGUCAAGAGAAAUCCCAUUAUCAACAACAACAACCUGCAUCUUAUGGUGCUCCUCCUCCUCCAGCUGCUACAUCCAGAGCAGCACCACCUCCACCACCUCCGCCAUUCCGAAAGCCACAACAACCAACAGCUCGUGCCUUGUAUGAUUUCACAGGUGAACAAGAAGGAGAUUUAAGUUUCCGUGAAGGUGAUGUUAUUACAAUUGUCGAGAAAAGUGAUAGUCAAGAUGAUUGGUGGACUGGAAGCGUAAACGGUCGACAAGGCAUCUUCCCUGCCAAUUAUGUGCAAUUACAAUAG